AGGUGUGGAAGGGAGGAGACCUCAGAGAGUUGGAGCAAGAGGCUGCAGCAGAAAAAUAAGUCAUUAAAAAGACAGGAAGAAGAAAGGAUAAAGGGAAGAGAGAAGAGAAACUAGGAAACAAGGAGUUGGAACUCAGUCAAUUACAUUUUGGAAAUUUUUUUCUUCUUUUUUUUUUUGUGGACAUCUUCUCCUGGAUUUUCACUUCCCUCUGAAUCCUGCGUUCACCUGUUGCAGAUGUCAAAAUAACACGGUGUGUCACCGAUCGGACUGCCUUCAAUCUCACCACGGAUAAGAGGAUGGGAGCUGUUCACCUCUGUCUUGCGCUGGCUCUCCUGGCCUCUCCGGUGUGUGCACAGUGGUGGGACUUUUUCUGGGCGAAGCCAAAAACCACCACUCUUCUUCCUCCCCUCUCCUCUCCGACCAGCUCCCCCCAGGAGCCUUCCACCACCCAGGGGACUCCGUCGGAGUGGGGAGAGCGGACAAAGGAGGACGCGGUGACAGCGAACCAUGUGGAGGACACCGGGACAGGGUGGACUACGCCGUCCUCUGCUCCACACACCUCGGGGGAUUUAGUUUCCCACAACAAUAAGAAAACGUUGACAUCGUCUUCUAGGGCGAACUCAGGUGGAAUCGCCAAAGGCAGGUCCGAGAACAAACCACUGAAACAAUGGAAGAGUGAGAAAGCUUCAGGAAGUCGUCUGGACCUGAUGGAUCUGAUUGGCAUCCCUCUGCCUCCCGCCGUCUUCUUCACUAACGGCUUCCAGGGGUUUCCAGCGUACAGCUUCGGAAGCAACGCCAACGUCGGCCGACUCACGCGGACAUUUGUGCCCGGGCCUUUCUACAGGGACUUUGCCAUCAUUGUCACGGUGCGUCCGACCUCCCAGAGAGGAGGCGUCCUGUUUGCCAUCACAGACGCCCAUCAGAAGGUAGUGGAGCUGGGUUUGGCCCUUACGCCGGUCCACGGAGGCCUCCAGCGAAUCGUUCUGUACUACACCGACACGGAGCAGGCGUCCCAGAGCCACAAAGCUGCUGCCUUCAGCGUCCCAGACAUGACAGACCAGUGGACACGGUUCACGUUGGCGGUGGAGGAUAACCAGGUGCGUCUUUAUAUGGACUGCGGUGAGGCUGAGAGGACGACUUUCCAUCGCAGGCCAGAGAAACUCACCUUUUCACAAAACUCUGGCAUUUUUGUCGCAAACGCAGGAAGCACAGGCCUCGAUAAGUUUGAGGGUUCUGUUCAGCAGAUGAUCAUAAGGGAUGAUCCCAGAGCAGCAGAGGAGCAGUGUGAGGAGGACGAUCUGUAUGCCUCGGGGUAUGCGAGCGGAGACGAUCCUCUGGAUGACAGAGAGACAGAGGUGGACUCCAGAAAAAGGGGAGAUGGCGUCAAACGGCCAGUCGUCUCUCCGGAGGCUGAGGGCAGCUCCCCUGUUGAAGCUCCGCCCACUGUUUUACCAGAGGUGGAGCUUGAUGGGUAUUCUGGUCACAUGACUCCAACAGCAGCCAAUGGGGAUCUGCUGAUAACAGAGUCUCAUCAAACAGAAGAGGCAGGAGAGCGACCUGGACACGUUCUCAUCAGGCCUGGCUUGAAAGGGGAACCAGGAGACCGUGGACCGCCGGGGCCUCCUGGGCCUCCUGGCUCUCCGGGACCUCGCUACGUACACAAAGAGGGCCGUGGGAAACCUGGGCCACAAGGGCCUCUUGGAGCCCCGGGAACACCAGGCAGCGAUGGACAGAAGGGAGGAAAAGGUGAAAAAGGUGAAGUGGGUCAAAAAGGACAACAGGGAUUUCCAGGUUUGAGCGGAGAGGCUGGAGCUAAAGGAGACAAGGGCGACCCAGGCGUUGGUUUGCCGGGCCCCCCCGGUCUCCCGGGACCCCCAGGACCUCCCAGAUCCCGCAAUGUCCCAUAUGGACCAGAUGCCCUUGGUUCUGGCUUUGAGGAUCUGGACACCGACAGUAUUUUCAUCAGGGGGCCAGCAGGUCCUCCGGGGCCUCCGGGACCACCCGGGCCUCCUGCACCCCAACUGUCAUCAGAACUGAUCCCCAGCUAUAAUGGACCCCUGGGUGCACCUGGCAGUGAUGGACCUCCAGGCGAACAGGGCAUCCCAGGUCCUGCAGGGGCAGAUGGCUCCCCGGGCCCACCAGGGGGUGCUGGACCAAAGGGUGACCAAGGGAUACCCGGACCACCUGGACCAAAGGGUGAAAGUGGAGAUGCGGGCCCACCAGGAUCUCCUGGACUCCGAGGGCCCAAUGGUCGACCAGGAAGAAAGGGACCUGCAGGCCCACCAGGACCCCCUGGCCCACCUGGCCCUCCAGGAACCAAAGUCCUCGAAGAGGAUAUGGAAGGAUCUGGAAAGAGCGACUUGUUAAUCAGGACAGGAGUGAGAGGACCGCAGGGCCCUCCUGGCGUACCAGGACCCCCUGGACCACCGGGUGAGGAUGGCGCACCCGGAGUUCCUGGGAUUUUCGUCAAGGGGGAACCGGGGAAACGAGGACCAGACGGCCUGCAGGGCGUUGCAGGACUGCCAGGUGCCAGAGGGUCCAAAGGAGAAAAAGGCAGCCCAGGACCAAAGGGCGAUCCAGGUGCUGACGGGUUCAGUAUCGUAGGACCGCCGGGGCCUCCCGGACCUCCAGGACCUGCUGCAAACCUGCAGGAACUGCUCCAGAACGCUGCAGAUGGGAUGUUAAACGUCACAGAGUUCAGAGGACCCCCGGGGCCCAGGGGCCCUGAAGGUUUGCCAGGACAAGCCGGAUUUCCAGGCCCUAGAGGUCCAAAAGGAGACAGAGGCCCUGAAGGUAUUGAUGGAGCUACAGGAGAGAAGGGAGAAAAGGGCGAACCUGGAGUGACAAUUGCUGCAGAUGGAUCUAUUUUGUCUGGACCAAGAGGCCCUCAGGGGCCAAAGGGCCCAAAGGGCGACCGAGGCUUCCCAGGACCCAUAGGACCUGUGGGACCGAUGGGACAUCCUGGUCAAAAAGGAGAAUAUGGUUUCCCUGGACGCCCAGGGCGACCCGGUAUGGUGGGGAGGAAAGGCGACCGAGGAGAAUCUGUCAGCCUGCCGGGUCCUCCGGGUCCUCCGGGUCCUCCUGGUCCACCAGGGAGAAUUCUCGGUCUAAAUGGAACAGUGUUCCCGGUGCGCCCCAGACCGCACUGCAAACUGGGACGAGAGUCGGUGACAACGAGAGACUCUGUGGGACGUAAAGGAGCCAAAGGCGACGAAGGGAUGCCUGGUGAGCCGGGAACGCCCGAACCCCCGUUACCUGAUGCGGUAGAGGGAGCUCAAGGCGAUCUGGGGGUCAAAGGUGAAAAAGGAGAAAAGGGCGACUCGGGCCUGCCCGGUCCUCCAGGACUUCCAGGAAAAUCUGGACUUGUGGGUCCAAAGGGGGAGUCUGUUGUAGGUCCACCAGGUCCGGCUGGUUCCCCUGGUCAACCCGGAGCUCCCGGGCUCGGACGACCUGGGCCCCGAGGGCCGCCUGGCCCUGCUGGGCCCCCGGGACCGGCCCCCGAAUAUGGAUCCGACGUCAGUGUCCCUGGUCCUCCCGGUCCUCCCGGUCCACCAGGAUCUCCAGGCUACGCUAACCUGGUGACGACCUUCAAGACCGUCAAGGCUCUCACCAGAGAAACCAGAGACCAGAGAGUCGCUGAGGGAACGCUGGUGUACGUGUCCGAGAGAGGGGGGGAGCUGUACGUCAGGGCGCGCAACGGGUGGCGCAAAAUCCAGCUUGGAGAGCUGAUUCAAAAUGAAGCUUCCUCAUCAGAAGCGUCUCAGGCUCUGAGCAGAGCGGGAGAUUGGAGCAGACCACAAAGAGUUCACAGCCAGGAACUGCAGGAGGGCAGUAGGGGAUACCAGCCCAGCUACAACAUCUUGCCACAGACCAUUGAGUCCUUACCUGGACUCCAUCUAGUGGCGCUGAAUGCUCCGCUCAAAGGCGACAUGCGCGGCAUCCGCGGGGCAGACUUCCAGUGCUACCAGCAGGCGCGCUCCGUGGGGCUUACCGCCACCUACAGGGCUUUCCUGUCAUCACACCUACAGGACUUGGCGACCAUAGUACGGAAGGCUGACCGCAACAACCUGCCGGUGGUUAAUCUGAGGGGGCAAAUAUUGUUCAGCACUUGGACCUCCAUAUUCUCUGAGAAUGCGGGCAUGUUCAAUCCUUUGACACCCAUUUAUUCUUUCGAUGGACGCAACAUAAUGACUGACCCGGCAUGGCCGGAGAAGCUGGUGUGGCACGGCUCCAGCGCGGCGGGCACCCGCCUGACCGCCAACUACUGCGAGGCGUGGCGGACGGGCGACGUGGCGGUGACGGGCCAGGCGGCGCUGCUGCAGACGGGUCGGCUGCUGGGACAACACCCGCGCUCCUGCUCCAACCUCUACGCAGUGCUGUGUAUAGAGAACACAUACGUGGGAAACACACCCCAAAGGAGAACCUGAAGAAACACACACACAUGUUAACACACAUGCAGGCAUGUUGAAAGUGGGAAAUAGGAUUGGGGGAAAAACCCAUUUAGGCACAUGAAACACACACACACACACACACACACACACACACACACGCAUAGAUACAUGUUGUUAUUGUUUUAUUGUUGUGUUUAGUUCCCACCUGAAAGGCGGCGUGAGACGGCAACUCAACAUGUCCGUCCAUGUCUAGAGCUCAGUUAUUUUUGUUGUCUCUAACAGAGUAAAAAAAUAAAAUAAAUAAUAAUAAGUACAAAAAAAACCAUUGUCAGUGUUUGAGAGCUGCCAGCUUUACGACGUUUCUGGGGCUUGUUUAUUUUCCUGCUCUACAGGCAGACAGACAAACUAGUAGAGAAACGGAGCAGAACUGCUGUACAUUAAACCACAAAGUCACUGGCCUGGUCUGAAGACAAAGUCUCCUUUUUCCUGUUUUCACACUAAAGUGAAGUUUCGCAUCUUAAGGAAGGUCUGACGAGACCUGCAGCGAUAUCGGACAAAAAGAGAAUACUCAUUUACGACGCCACGCGUAAAAAAAAAUAAAAAAAAGAAGAAGAAGAAAAAAGUCAUACAAUAUACUGCUUCUAUUGCAGUAGCAUAAUCUCACAGAUUAGGAAAAAAAUUAAACAAAAACAUCUGCAAAAUAUGUAAGUUUUUUUUUCCAACACUAUUUUUCAAAAGUUUUAGAAAAAAGAUUUUCUAAAAAUAAAAGAUCAAUUUCGAAAAGUUUUUUUUAUUUUUACUUUUGCUAAAAGAAAAAAAGUUUGUCUAGAAAAAAAUUAGAUCAAAUGUUCGACUUCUAGAAAUUUGCUCAUCAAAAAUUCUUUGUCAAAUCAACUUCACAGAUUUUUCAAGCAGAUUGAUGUACUGCAACUAUUGGCGUUCUAAUUGCAACAGAAUAAUUUUUUGUAAUAACAUUUUCAGAUUGACUGCUGACUAGAAAAGGGUCAUUAGUUUGACCCAUUCCGCUAUUCAAAAUAGGAAAGACAGUAGAACAUCCCACUGGACUGUUGAUCUUCCCAGAAUAAGGAAACGGCUACGAUAAAAUGGAUGUUCGUCUAAAUUUGCCAACAUCUCUAUUAGUUCACCUAUUAGAAAAAAAAAAAAAAAACAUUUGUGAUUUUCUUCUAUUUAUACAGUAGUAAGUCCUAGGAAAACGUAGCUAGUAUGCAUUCACAUGUUGCUGUUUGAAGUUGAAACAUGUACGUGUUUGUUGACAUUGUCCUGUUGUUUUUUUUGUAAUACUGUAGACGUCUUUUUCUUUUUCUCUUUUUUUAAUGAAGCACACUAAAUGACUGCUAAUCUGCUCACCACGCUUUGAUUGAAAUGUUCUGCCUGUAAACUUGACUGUUAGUUGUUCUACUGUCUGAUUGUAUCUUCUGUUGAAACAAAAACUUGACUUUCUUGUACGUACCUUCUGGUGCUCUCUAAAUAAAGUGUCGUGAUUUUUUA